AUGUCAUCCACGAUCAAACCGACCAUCGUCCUCGUGCAUGGCGCAUGGCAUGGCUCGUGGUGCUGGCGAUUCCAAAUCCCCGCGCUCGAGGCUCUCGGCUAUAGUGUAGAGGCGGUAGACUUGCCGAGCGUCAGCGGGGUAAAGGGCACGACGCAGUUUGACGACGCAGUCCAUGUACGGUCCGUCGUGGAAUCACAGAUAUCGAUGGGGAAGCGCGUCGUUGUCCUAGCGCAUUCCUACGGAGGACCGAUUGCGAGCGCUGCCAUUCUGGGCCUGUCCGGGAAGGGCGUGCUGGGGAUGAUCGCGUUAUGUGCCUAUAUCUUUCCUGGAGGGAUGGACCAAGGCGCAGUGAUUCGCGACAUUGGCGGCCUACCCUACGUGCUCUGGGACGCGCCGAGCGAAGGUCUUUUCCUCGCCAAAGAUGCCCGCAGCUUGUUUUUCCCGCCAGACGUGCCGGCCGACCGAGUCGACUGGGCAGUACCGCAGCUUCGCCCUCAGAGCAUGGCCGCCAACAUGGGCGUUGUGCCGCCUCAAGCCUGGCAGGAUGAGUCUUAUGAUGGGAGAUUAGGCUAUAUUAGGUGCACGGCGGAUGUCAUCAAUCCAAUCGAACAGCAGGAUAGCAUGGUCAUGGGCGCAGGGGGCCAGGAGAAAUGGGUCAUUCGCACUCUCGAAGGAUCCGGCCAUAGCCCCUUCCUUUCGCGGCCACAUGAAGUAGCCGCUGCACUUCAGGAGAUUGUGAAUGACUUUGAAGCUAAGGUCGGACAGGAACAAGGAGGUAUAGGCUCGUUAUCGAGCUAA